AAAUGGAGUUUGGCUUAGCAGUUGGUGGUGCAUUUAUCUCUUCAGCUUUGAAUGUUCUAGAGAUGUUUCAGAAGAAUACGAAUGAUGUUCAUCUCUUGAAGAAGCUGAGAACGACUUUGCUUUGUUUUCAAGCUGUGCUAAGUGAUGCAGAGAAUACGCAGGCAUCAGAUCAAUUUGUGAGCCAGUGGCUUAAUGAGCUUGUAGAUGCUGUGGACACUGCGGAAAACUUAAUGGAACAAGUCAAUUAUGAAGCUUUGAGGCUUAAGGUGGAAGGUCAGCAUCAAAAUCUUGCAGAAACAAGCAACCAGCAAGUAAGUGAUGAUUUCUUUCUUAACAUAAAGGACAAGUUGGAAGACACUAUUAAAACAUUGAAGGAUUUGCAAGAGCAAAUUCGUUUCCUUGGCUUAAAGGAGCAUUUAGUAAGGCAGAAUGAUAUAGAAGAUUUGAUUGGAAAAAAUCUGGCUAAGACAACACUUGUUAAUGUGGUUUACAAUGAUGAGAAGGUGAAGGACCAUUUUGAUUUGAAAGCUUGGUAUUAUGUUUCUGAGGCAUAUGAUGCUUUCAGAAUAACAAAAGGGAUACUUCACGAAAUUGUCUCAUUUGACUCAAAGGAUGUUGACAAUCUUAAACAGCUAGAGCUCAAAUUGAAGGAAGGCCUGUUGGGAAGGAAGUUUCUUGUUGUCCUUGAUGAUGUGCGGAAUGUUAACUAUAAUGAGUGGGAUGACUUGAAAAAUGUUUUUGUACAAGGAGAUAUGGGAAGUAAGAUCAUUGUAACUUCACGUAAGGAGAGUGUUGCUCAGAUGAUGGGUCAUUGGGCAAUCACCGUGGGAACUCUGUCUAGUGACGACUCUUGGGCCUUAUUCGAACGAUAUUCACUAAAAAACAGGGAUCCCAAGGAAUAUCCAGAAUUUGAAAAGGUUGGAAGAAAAAUUGUAGACAAGUGCAAAGGGUUGCCUUUAGCUCUAAAGACACUUGCUUGUAUGUUACGCCACAAAUCAGAGGUGAAUGAGUGGAAAAACAUUUUAAGAAGUGAAAUAUGGGACCAAUGUUGUUUGCAUGGUAUAGAACCAGCGCUGAAGUUGGUCUACAAUGAUCUUCCUGCACAUUUGAAGCAUUGUUUUGCUUAUUGUGCAAUAUAUCCCAAAGGUUAUCAAUUUUGCAAAGACCAAGUUAUUCACCUGUGGAUUGCUAAUGGUCUUGUACAACAGUUUCAUUCAGGUAACGAAUACUUUCUCGAGUUGAGAUUAAGAUCACUGUUUGAAAAGGUCCCAGAGUCUGAAUGGAAACCUGAGGGAUUCUUAAUGCAUGACCUUAUCAAUGAUUUGGCCCGAAAUGCUUCUUCAAAUCUUUGUAUAAGGUUGGAAGAGAACAGAGGAUCUCAUAUGUUGGAAAAUUGUCGGCACAUGUCCUAUUCAAUGGGAGAAGGUGGUGACUUUGAGAAAUUAAAAUCCCUCUUUAAAUCAGAGAAGAUGAAGUCAUUUCUUCCAAUCAAUAUCCAGCUCCGUGACCAAAUUAAGCUAAGCAAGAGGGUAUUGCAUAACCUAUUGCCAAGUCUAACAUCCUUAAGGGCAUUAUCAUUGUCAUGCUAUGAGAUUGUUGAGUUGCCAAAUGACUUGUUUAUCAAAUUAAAGUUCCUGAGAUUUUUGGAUAUUUCUUGGACAAAGAUUAAAAGGUUGCCAGAUUCCAUUUGUGUGCUGUAUAACUUAGAGACAUUUCUCCUAUCAUCUUGUGAUGAUCUUGAAGAUCUACCGCUGCAAAUGGAGAAGUUGAUCAACUUGCGUCACCUCAACAUUUGCAACACUUGUCUCUUGAAGAUGCCGCUCCAUCUGAGCAAGUUGAAAAGUCUCGAUGUGCUAGUGGGAGCGAAGUUUCUUCUAAGUGGUUGCGGUGGUUUGAGGAUGGAAGAUUUGGGUGAACUGCAUAACUUGUAUGGAUCUCUAUCAAUUCUAGAGUUGCAAAAUGUGGUUGAUAGAAGGGAAGCUUUGAAGGCAAAGAUGAGGGAGAAGAAUCAUGUUGAAAAAUUAUCAUUGGAGUGGAGUGGAAGUAGUGUUGCCCACAAUUCACAAACUGAAAGAGACAUACUUGAUGAGCUAUGCCCACACACAAACAUAAAAGAAGUCGAAAUCACCGGAUAUAGAGGGACAAAAUUUCCAAAUUGGCUAGCUGAUCCUUUGUUUUAUAAGCUGGAGAAAUUGUCUCUUUGCUACUGCAAGGACUGCGAUUCCUUGCCAGCACUAGGGCAACUCCGUUCUUUGAAAUUCCUCUCCAUUAGAGAGAUGCACGGAAUAACAGAGGUCACUGAAGAGUUCUUUGGUAGUUGGUCCUUCAAAAAGCCUUUUAAUUCUCUUGAGAAGCUUGAAUUUGAAGAUAUGCCGGAGUGGAAGCAAUGGCACGUACUAGGAAAUGGAGAGUUCCCUGCACUUGAGAAGCUUUCAAUUCAAAAUUGUCCGAAGUUGAUUGGGAAGUUGCCUGAAAAUCUUUCUUCUCUAACAGAAUUGAUAAUUUCAAGAUGUCCUGUACUCAAUUUGGAGACACCUAUCAAACUUUCAAAUUUACAAAUAUUUGAUGUUGAUGAUUCUCCUGUUUUUGAUGACAGUGAACUGUUUGGAUCCCAACUUGAGGGAAUGAAGCAGAUUAAGGGAUUAUAUAUUGGUGAUUGUAACUCUCUUACCUCCUUUCCUUUUAGCAUUCUUCCGAAUACCUUGAAGGAAAUAGGCAUAUUUCGCUGCCAGAAAUUGAAAUUGGAGGCACCAGUUGGUGAUAUGAUUUCUAGCAGUUCUUGUAACAUGUUUCUCGAGAAAUUGACACUGUGUGGAUUUGACACUUUUAUAGAUGAUAUAUCACCUGAGUUGGUCCCAAGAGCACGCAAAUUGGAUGUAUUUAGUUCCCAGAACCUUACUAAGUUUUUUAUUCCUACUGCUACUGAUAGUCUCAGUAUUUGGAAUUGUAAGAAUCUUGAAAAACUUUCAGGGGCCUGUGGGGGGACUCAGAUGACACAUUUGCGUAUUAUCCGAUGUUCGAAGCUGAAGUGGUUGCCAGAACAUAUGCCGGAACUCCUUCCUUCUCUUAAGGAACUACAUCUGUCUUAUUGUCCAGAAAUAGAGUUCUUUCCAGAAGGAGGAUUGCCUUUCAAUUUACAAAAGCUUGAGAUCCGUAAUUGCAAGAAACUAGUGAAUGGACGAAAGGAAUGGCGUUUACAGAGACUCUCUUGUCUCAGAGAGUUAUGGAUCAAUCAUGAUGGGAGUGACGAAGAGAUUCUUGCCGGUAAGAAUUGGGAGUUGCCUUCCUCUAUUCAAAGGCUUGAGGUAUCCAAUAUGAAAACAUUAAGCAGCCAACUUCUCAAAAGCCUCUCAUCUCUUGAAUAUCUAUGCAUUGCUGAUAUACCUCAAAUUCAGUCAAUGGUGGAAGAAGGGCUUCCCUCAUCUCUUUCUCAGCUCCAUUUAAAUGAUCAACAUCAACUCCAUUCACUACCGACAGAAGGUUUUCGGUACCUCACUUCACUUCAAAGUCUAGUCAUCUCCUCCUGCCAUCAACUCCAGUCUCUUUCCCUGCCCUCCUCCCUCUCUCAGCUGAUCAUCGAUGAUUGCCCUAAUCUCAAAUCAGUAAAAGGGAUGCCUUCUCCCCUCUCUAAACUAUCUAUUUCCAACUGCCCAUUCCUCAAAUCACUUCUAAAAUUUGACGAGGGUGAAUACUGGCCAGAAAUUGCUCAUAUCUCCACCAUAGAGAUCGAUGAGGAAUGCCUUUAAUGAUUAAAAUGAAUGGUGCUCUCACAAAUUGAGUUUAGAGUUAUGCACAUGUACGCUAUCGAAUUCAAAGGUGUACGAUGCACAAGGAUAUGUUUUACUCCUCAUGAUAUGCAGAUCGAGAUGAAGUAUCUUUCAUAGUGGUGAGAUAUCAUUUAAAGCGUAUGUCAAUUUGACGUCCCAGACAAUGACGAGUGUAGUAGAAUGAAGGAACAAAAUGCCAAUCUACAAGAAAAAGCUGAAAGAUGCAGCAAGGAAGUUGUGAUUUUCAAGUCGUACAGCUCUCUAAUGUGGCUUCCUUGAGAUGAAGCAUGACUUGCUGCAAAUGGAACAUCCAGCUCUAAUAUACCCAAAGGCCGGAUGAGGACAAGACCAUAGUUGUUUACACUUCAACUCAGUUUCCCGAGUAUACACAUAGUGUGAUUGCUCAUUGACUUGGUGUUCCCAGGCAUAAUAUCCGUGUGAUGACAAGAAGGGCUGGAGGUGUCUUCAGUGGCAAGGCGGUAAGCAAUAUGCCAGUGAGUACCUAUUAAUGGAAGAAAAAAACUGAAAGUUUUAGAAAAGUUUUGUAACAUUAGCAAGGCUCAACAAUGAUUUGGGAAGUGAGAUUCUUUUGUAAGGUUCCUUUGCUCAAGUCGAGAAGGGAAAGUUGUUGAAUUUUUAAGUGGUGUUUAUUCUUAUGUUAAAUUGAACAUCAAGACUAUGGAUGUAAACUGUAGUAGCUUGUAUUGUUGAAACUUCAUGUCCUAUAGUCGCACGACUUCAAAACGUUUCACUUGGGUCUAAGGUCGCUUCUUUUUAAGUUUGUGGAGAGUCUAUUGCUCAAACCAUAGCUACUGACCAAAACGAGUG